CAAGGUACAGGAAGGCAACAAGACAAAGGAUUAGAGAAAAAAAAACUUUCUUCUUUCUUCUUUCUUGGAUUCUUCUUCUUUCCUUCAUACAAGCAUCUUUUUAUCAUUUUCGUUAUUCAACCUCGCCUCUCCUAAUUCAUUGGGCCCUUUUCGCCAGGCCACCGCUUCUCCCAAUGGCUUCGUCACAGGCCACGCAAAAGACUUCUGAGGAGCAGCAGCAGCAGCAGCAACAAGACACCGCCGCGCCAGCCGCCCGCGAUCCUACAACCCCCGCCGUCCGCUUUGCUUCUGCUACUCAAGAGAUUCUGCCCACCGCCACAACGAUAGCACCGCCGCAGGUCACUACGACAGACCAUGUUUCCGAUACCUUCAACGAGGUCACCGCGGACCAGAUCAAGGCCUUUUCCAAGUCUCUUCACGGAUUGCCCCUCCAGGAGCGCCGCUUAAACACCUUCCAGUUCGAGGCCUUCUCACUGCCACCUUCUAGAGUCCCGUCUCAUGAUGAGUCGGGCGAAUCAUCCCGCCUGCACACUCCAAUCUCAUCCGCGCUGCACUCACCUCAUGGCAGCCCGCUCAUUCCUCCCCUCGCCUCGCCGCCACUUACACCCUCGGCCUCUAUCGGAGACAGACGAGUUGGCCGUCCUACCACCAGCGGCCAUGAUUCUCUCAUCACCCCGCAGCCCAGCUCAUCCACAGAUGCUACUACUGUGACCGCUGGUGAACGCAGACCUCUAGCUCACCGUCCCGUGUCUGCCGAGCAUGUUCUCCGUAGAGCCUCGUCCGUCGAGGAGCACCUCGGCGGCGGGGCCCAACAGCACAGACGCGGCAUGUACGGCGCUGGUGCUACCUCGGUCCCCGUGUCCCGCGAGAGCAGUCCUUCCAGAAGCUCGGCCUCGCACUUUUACUCCAAGCCCAUGACACCUGUGGGCGACAUCAACGAUCCGUAUGCCAAGGGCCGCCGCCCCGCCCAGCAGACCACCAACCGCCACUCCAUCGAUCCCCGAUUCGUCUUUUCUCGCAAGAAGAAGCACGGCUCUCCCCACGGCUCUCGCUCUAGCUUGUCCGGCUCCGGCGCCUUCUCGGGCCACGGAGCCAACAAGAGCGGCGAUGAGAGCGACUCGCACCACAGCCACGGUUCCAUGGCCGACCUCAAGCGCUUCUUCCGCAAGACCGGACACCACGGCCACAAGAAGCAUGAAUCAACGUCCAUGGCGCCGCCUCCCGCCCGACCCCAGCCUGCCCCUCAGCAACAUACCGGCACAAAGACUCCUCCCGCCUCCCGAUCCAGCCACCAGGUUCCCUUUGCCGACGACCACGGCCUCACAUCCAAGUACGGCAAGCUCGGCAAGGUCCUCGGUGCUGGCGCCGGUGGCUCUGUGCGCCUGAUGAAGCGCAAAGAGGACAACACCGUCUUUGCUGUCAAGGAGUUCCGAGCUCGCCACACAUACGAGACCGAGCGAGAGUACAACAAAAAGGUGACGGCCGAGUUUUGUGUCGGUUCGACCCUGCACCACGGUAACAUUAUCGAGACGCUUGAUAUCUUGCAAGAAAAGGGCCGCUGGUUCGAGGUCAUGGAGUACGCACCCUAUGACCUCUUUGCCAUUGUCAUGACGGGCAAGAUGUCGCGUGAGGAAGUCAGCUGCUGCUUCCUGCAGAUUCUCAACGGUGUUACAUAUCUGCAUAGCUUGGGUCUUGCCCACAGAGACUUGAAGCUCGACAACGUCGUUGUCAGCGACAGAGGCAUCAUGAAGAUUAUCGACUUUGGCAGCGCCCAUGUCUUCAAGUAUCCCUUUGAGACACUGCCUGUGCCCGCCAAGGGCAUUGUCGGCUCUGACCCAUACCUUGCGCCCGAAGUGUACGAGUCCAAGGAAUACGACGCCGCAUCCGUGGACAUUUGGUCGCUCGCCAUCAUCUUCUGCUGCAUGACCUUGCGCCGCUUCCCAUGGAAGAUCCCCCGCAUGACGGAUAACUCGUACAAGCUGUUUGCCUCAGACCCUACCCCCGGCCACGACCCCAAGAAGAUGCUCGUCAUGUCCAAGUCGACAGGCGACCUUGCCAACACCCGAUCUCGCGACUUUAUGCCCCAGGAACCCAAGCCGGUCGAGAAGCCCAAGGAGGAGGAACACAAGCACCACCACGACGACAAGCACAAGCAUGACGACAAACACCACCACAAGAACGGCGACGCCACGACCAAAGACGCAGCGGCUACUUCCCAGCAGCCCGCUGAGAAGAAGGAAAUCAUCCGCGGACCCUGGCGAAUCCUGCGUCUGCUCCCCCGCGAAAGCCGCCACAUUAUCCACCGCAUGCUCGAUCUCAACCCCAAGACGCGCGCCAAGAUGGACGAGAUUCUUCAGGAGCCGUGGGUUGCCGACAGCAUCAUCUGCCAGCAGCUCGAGAACGGCGAGGUGCUCUCUGCCGAGAACCACACGCACAUCCUCGAGCCUCCCAACAACCCGUCAUCGUAGAGUCGCUGCGAAAUCUCCACACCAUAUACAUUUUUUUUUCAUCUUUUUAAGCACUUUUUUCUUGUUUAUAACCAAGACAUUGUUUUUUAUUAUUUCUUGGAUGGAGCAUGUUUUUUAUUCGGCACAGAGACGAGGGACGGUUUUCCUUAUACGACGCUGGUAAUGAAUGGCUGGUCUGCUAGUGGAGCAGGUGCUGAGCCAUGUAGGACAAGUAGUAGUAGAAAUCUAUACAGGCAGCGUUUUCUAUAGAGUCUUUUUAUAAUUAUUAUUAUUUAUAAAUAUAUAUUUUUCCCAAAGAAUACUCUUGGUUGUCGUCGUCUGGCCGUAGAACCGAGGAUAUGCCGUUUGGAAGCUAUUGGAAGAAACCCCG